CUCCCCACUUUACACAUUCCUCGCACCGACAUCGAGGCCGGCGACCGGUGGCAGCGCCGCGGGAAGCUUCCGUUGUUCUCUCCCACAAAAUCCGGGCUGCAGCACGCAGGGCAGUCUCCUUCUUUGCAUCCCCCGGCACCUUGCGGGAUCCGUGCUCUGUCGGCAGGCUCAGUUGGUGGAGUAGUGAACUGAAUUGUAUUGUCAUCUUCAGGUUCUAGUGCAAUGGCCUACGAGAUCAGUGAGAUCAAAAAAAUUGGCAUAGGUCUGGUGGGCUUUGGUAUGCUAUUUUCAUUCCUAGGUGUUAUCCUUUUCUUCGACAGGGGUUUGCUGGCUUUGGGUAAUAUUUUCUUCUUGACUGGAGUGGGCCUAUUACUUGGUUGGCAAUCUAUGUGGCAGCUUUUCACGAAGAAGGCAAACAUUAAGGGAUCCGUACCUUUCUUCCUUGGUCUGUUUCUUUUAUUUGUCCGAUGGCCUGUUGCUGGCAUGAUCAUGGAACUUUAUGGAUCUUUUGUCCUCUUCAGUGGUUAUGGGGCUCCUAUCCAAGCAUUCCUAUUUCAGAUUCCGAUCAUUGGAUGGAUUCUUCAAUACCCUUUCCAGCUCUUUGGUUUGAGGCGUAAGCGUGCCUGACGGCUUGUGGAGGCGAUAAUUACUGUUGAUCCAUUUCAUGGGAGAAAUAGCACAAUGAUGUCCAUACUGGCAAUUCUUGUAGCCUUGACCUCACGUUAAGAUGCUCUCUAACACUCGAUGCAUCUGCAUGCUAUGGGCUUUCUAACCUUGACUUGUGCGGUAGUUUAAUCUUCAAUGUUCAUACGUCGACAAAGUAGAGGCUUCAAAAAUAUGUGGCUGGAUUCUGGGUUCUGUCGAGACAUGCUGUGGCCUCCUUAUGUCUUGUCAUCCCAUCAAAACUGUGGAUCGAAGCUACAUACUGUGUUUAUUUCUGUUUCUGGAUGCAGCUUGUCUAAUACCUUUUGACCUUA